UAAUAUUCUACACUGCUUUUGGCAAAUUCUGACAGAAAAGUUAUUUUUUUUAAGGUUUCUGGGGGUUGUAGUUUAACAAAAGCUUUGCUUGUAAGGUGAACUGAUUGAGUGCUGCGAGUUAAUCAGCGGUUAGAAAGUUUUAACGACGGUAGUUACCCUUGUCACUCUCCCCCGGCUCCCCGGGGAGGGGCUUAUUGUCUCUGGAGCAGCAACCUUUCCUUGCAACUUGUUGAAUGCAAACACUGUUGCCAUGGCGGCAAAAAGAAAAGUCACAGCCGCAACUGCAAACUAAAGCAGUCCUCUUGUCUCUUCUCUUUCUCCAUAGCCCUGGCACCCAUGUACUGAAACGUGAACCCACCCCCACCCCGCAAAAGAACCGCCAUGGAAGAUCCAGCGACCCCGUCAGACAAGAGAUUACAGUUCUUAGAGGACUACGUGCUAAAAACGCUGAAACUUAAACCGGACCGGUGGCAGAAAUGCGUCGCCACGGAGGAAUACCGGCAGACGCUGCAGGAGUUCCUGGACAAGGCCGACCAACUGCUGCUGGUGGUGACCCUGAACCCGGCGGGUCUGCUGGUACCGGUGCUGGAGUUCCCUAAGGGUUCCAAAAACAAAGCCGUCUUCUUUCUGAAAAGGAGCACCUCUCCGCUGAGCGCCGACGCCAUGAAGAGCAGCCUGAUCUACGGCGACUUGUCCUACUCGCCCCUCGAUCACUUCUCUGCCGUGGUGGAAGAGGUCGUGGUGCCGAUUCUAGCCAAUCAGAAAAACCAUCAGAACUGGCCUCACGUCGUGUCCGACGAUGUCACGCGCCACGUCAACCAAUUGAAAAGCAGGACGUUUGUGAUGGUCGGCCAGGUCAAAGGAAAGACGCUGCUGCCCCUUCCCGCCGGCUCGGAGAAGGUCGAUUACAUAGAUAACGAAAAUGAGAAAAACAAUGAUGAGUUGGACCGGACUAUGAUCCACGCCAUCGAGUCUGCCAUCAUACAGUGGAGCCACCAGGUACACGGAGUGUUAAAGAAAAAAUCAUCGGAGCCUCUUCUGCAAGGAAAAAACCCCAACCCCAACGCUGAGAUUGAUUUCUGGAAGAACAGAUAUGCAGACCUAGAAUGUAUCCACAAUCAGCUGAGAAUGACCAGGGUGCGAAAAAUGGCGGAGCUUCUGGAGAGGGUCCAAAGUUGCUACUUCCCAGCAUUCAAGGCCCUGUUUAGAGAUGUAGUAGCAGCUCUGGCAGAGGCAGAGGACAUUAAUCUGCACCUAAAGCCCCUUCAGCGCCAUUUUGAAAACAUCGAGAACGUCGAAUUCAACGAGGUGAAACCGCACAUUGCCGGCUUGAUGCAUGUGAUCUGCUUGCUGUGGUCCCGCUCCAAACAUUACAACACCCCGGAUCAGAUCAUCGUGUUAAUGCAAGAAGUGUGCAACCUCUUCAUCCAGCAGGCUCGGAGCUAUUUGGGCCCAGAGGACCUUCUGAAGGGAGAAGUUGAAGAGAGUCUGGGCAAAGUGCAAGAAGCCCUCAGCAUCCUACGAUUACUUGUCAGCACAUUCCAAGAGAAAAGGGAGACCCUGAAAACGUAUUUCAGAGAUGGAGAAGAGCCCAAAACCUGGGACUUCCCCGCCAUCAUGGUCUUCUCCAGGCUGGAUAUCUUCAUCAGGAGGCUGGUAACGAUUGAAAAUCUCCUCCUCACAGCCUUGGAUAUGAUGAAACUGGAGAAGAUCGUUUUUGCUGGAGUGAAAGGCAACAGCCUUGGCCAGAAGGUGCUCACUAUGUAUGACGAGUUCCAGGAGGUCUUUAAAGUCUUCUCCGAUCGCUCUGAUGACUGCCUGGAUUUACAGAACAAGGAAUUUGAACGGGAUAUCUUCGAGUUUGAGCAGAGGGUCCAGGACAUGGACAGGCGGCUGGGGGCCAUCUUCUGCCAGGGAUUUGAUGAUGCCUCGAACCUGGAAUAUGCCUUCAAGCUGCUGGAUAUGUUUGGGAGCUUGCUGGAACGACCCCUCAUUGCAGCUGAGGCCUUCGAUAAAUACCCUCUCCUGAUUUCUAUGUUCGACCAGGAACUCGACUCCGCAAAAAUGAUCUACAACAGGCACAUGCAGACGGCCGCGGAGCCAGAUAAUGCGCAGAUCAACCAGAAUAUGCCACCAGUCGCUGGAAACCUGAAAUGGACCCAGCAGCUCAGGGAACGGCUUCAGAACACUUAUAGCAACUUCCGGCACGUUACCCACCCCUGCAUGGAAUCCGCAGAAGGGGCUCAGAUGAAGCAAAAAUAUGAAGAAAUGAUGGCUCUUUUGGAAAAGUACAAGGAGAAACUAUACGAGGAAUGGUGCCGGACGGUGUCGGAGAAGUCUCAGUAUAACCUCACGCGUCCUCUCAUUGUCCGAGAUGAGAACACCAAGCUGAUCUUCGUCAAUUUUGAUCCACAGUUGGUUUCGGUGCUCCGAGAAGUGAAGUAUCUCCAGGAGCUUCGAAUGGAAACCAUCCCCACGGAAGCCGGAGACAUUUUCUCUUCCAAGGAGUCUUACCGGACCUUUACUGCCAAUCUCGAGUUGACGGCCAAUAGGUACAACAAAGUCAUGAGAACCAUUUUGGAGGUGGAAUUCCCACUGAUAGAAGGGCAGCUCCAGAAUAUCGACGUCCGCUUAAAGGAGGCAGAGGAAACCCUAAACUGGAAAGCAAAUGGAGUUUGGGAGUAUAUCCAAGAGGUACGGGACAUGGUCCAUGACCUAGAGAGAAGGGUGCAGAAAGCCAGGGACAAUGUCGAUGAAAUCCAGGCCAUCAUGAAGACCUGGGUGCUGCCAAUAUUUGAGCGCAAAGAUGGAAGGAAAGAAGCUCUGCUUAGUCUCGACGACCGGUCAGAUCGACUGGAGAAGCGAUACAGCCUCAUCAGGGAGUCGGGCACUAAACUUCAUGCCCUUCUUAAGGAGAACCGAGAACUUUUCUCCGCAGACCCCAGUUCUGAUGUCUGGAAAGCUUAUGUGGAUUUUAUUGAUGAUAUGGUCCUCGAUGGGUUCUUUAAUGCUAUUGAGUGCUCUUUAAAGUGCCUUCUGGAUAACACAGAUGCCAAGGCUGGCCUUGCCCCUUUGUUUGAGGUGCAAAUGGACCUUUUAAUCCCAGACAUGGUCUUCCGACCGGGCCUUGAACACGGAUCAAGCGACGGCCUGUAUGACAUCAUUGAGGGGCUUAUUAAUGACAUCUACAGGAUUUCAGCUUUGGUUCCCCGGCUCGCCGAACACAGCACUUUCUCCCAUUACCAGGCCGACAUGGAAGACAUGGCAGACUUGGCGGAUAUGCGCAACGCAAUCAUGGAGAGCGUCCAGAACGUAAUGACGUCGUGCACAGAUUACCGCAACACAUUUGACCACUACGCUUAUCUCUAUGUGGACGACAGGAAGGAGUUUAUGCGCCAGUUUCUUCUCUACGGACACGUGUUGACUGCCGAAGAGAUUGAAGCCCACGCUGAGGAUGGGGUGCCGGAAACUCCGCCCAGCUUGCAGCAGUUCAAAGAGCAGAUCGACUCCUACGAGAAAAUCUAUGAGGAGAUCGGCCGCGUGGAGCCGGUUAAUAUCUUCGACUGCUGGAUGAGGGUGGACGCCCAGCCAUUUAAAUCUGCCCUCCUCAAUGUGGUGAAGAGAUGGAGCCUGAUGUUCAAACAGCAUCUUAUCGACCAUGUAACAAACAGCCUGGCCGACCUAGAGGAGUUUAUUAAAGUGGCAGAGCGAGGGCUGAGCAAGCAGCUGAAGGAAGGAGAUUACAAUGGUUUGGUGGAGAUUAUGGGGCACCUUAUGGCAGUGAAAGAAAGGCAGGCCAACACUGAUGAUUUAUUUGAACCUCUGAAACAAACCAUUGAGUUGCUGAAGGUAUACGACCAGGAGCUUCCGGAUGAAGUCUACAAACAGCUGGAGGAGCUCCCAGAGAAGUGGAACAACAUUAAGAAAAUGGCUAUUACUGUGAAGCAACAAGUAGCCCCCUUGCAGGCCAACGAAGUGGCGCUUCUGCGCAGAAACUGCGCAACAUUUGAUGUGGAGCAGCACAAAUUCAGGGAGGCUUUCCGCAAGCAAGCACCAUUUCGAUUUGAUAGCAUCUCUCCAUAUCAAACGCUGGAUGCCAAAAAUGUAGAGAUCAAGGCAAUGGAAUCCACCAUGUCCUCCAUCUAUGAAUCUGCAGCUUUAUUUGAAGUCAACAUUCCAGAUUACAAGCAACUGAAACAGUGCCGGAAGGAGGUAUGUCUGCUCAAGGAACUCUGGGACAUGAUCUUCUUGGUUAAGUCCAACAUGAACGACUGGCAGACCACAAGAUGGAGAGAAAUCAACGUGGAAAACAUGGACCUGGAGUGUAAGAAGUUUGCAAAGGACAUCCGGAACUUGGAUAAGGAGAUGAGGGCGUGGGAUGCCUUCACAGGGCUUGAUAACCAAGUGAAAAACAUACUGACGUCUUUAAGAGCGGUGGCCGAGCUGCAGAACCCGGCCAUCCGGGAAAGACACUGGAGCCAACUCAUGCAGGCCACUGGUGUAAGGUUCACCAUGGACGAAGACACAACUCUCGCCGACCUUCUGAAGCUCAAUCUCCACAACUUCGAAGACGAGGUCCGUGGGAUAGUGGACAAAGCUGUAAAGGAGAUGGGGAUGGAGAAAGUUUUAAAGGAACUCGACACUACAUGGUGCAGUAUGAACUUCAAUUAUGAACCUCACCCUCGCACCAGUGUGCCCUUGAUAAAGUCUGAUGAGGAGCUUAUUGAAACCUUGGAGGACAAUCAGGUUCAACUGCAGAACCUCAUGACCUCAAAGUACAUUGCAUUCUUCCUGGAAGAAGUUUCAGGCUGGCAAAAGAAACUGUCUACUGCCGACUCUGUCAUUUCUAUCUGGUUUGAGGUCCAGAGAACUUGGUCCCACCUGGAAAGUAUCUUCAUUGGCUCAGAUGAUAUCAGAUCACAGCUUCCAGAGGACUCCAGCCGCUUUGAAGGUAUCGACACGGAUUUCAAAGAACUGGCAAACGAUGCGAAUAAGACCCCGAACGUCAUAGAGGCGACCAAUAAACCCGGCCUGUAUGAGAGGCUAGAGGGUAUCCAGGAAAGACUAUCACUGUGUGAAAAGGCUUUGGCCGAGUACCUGGACACCAAGAGACUUGCCUUCCCUCGGUUUUACUUUAUCUCAUCUGCGGAUCUGCUGGAUAUCCUCUCCAAUGGCACCAACCCACAGCUCGUCAUGCGACAUCUCUCCAAACUGUUUGACAAUAUGGCCAAAAUGAAGUUUCAAGAAGACUCUGAUGGAAGCCAAUCCAAGAUGGGCCUUGGGAUGUACAGUAAGGAGGAUGAAUAUGUCCCCUUUAAUGAACCAUGUGACUGCAGUGGCCAGGUGGAGACCUGGCUGAACCGCGUGCUGGAUACAAUGAGGGCCACGGUCCGACAUGAAAUGACUGAAGCAGUUACAGCCUAUGAGGAAAAACCAAGGGAGCAAUGGCUUUUUGACUAUCCUGCACAGGUGGCGCUGACCUGCACGCAGAUUUGGUGGACCACGGAGGUGGGCAUCUCUUUCGCCAGGCUGGAGGAAGGUUAUGAGAACGGGAUGAAGGAUUAUUUUAAGAAGCAGGUCAAUCAGCUGAACACUCUGAUCACCAUGCUGAUUGGGCAGCUCUCUAAGGGCGACAGACAGAAAAUCAUGACUAUCUGCACCAUCGAUGUGCACGCCCGCGACGUGGUCUCCAAAAUGAUCGCUCAGAAGAUUGACAAUGCCCAGGCGUUUGUGUGGCUGUCGCAGCUCCGACACCGGUGGGACGAUCAGAAGAAACACUGCUUUGCCAAUAUCUGCGAUGCUCAGUUCCUUUACUCCUAUGAAUAUCUGGGCAACACCCCACGUCUGGUCAUUACCCCUCUAACCGACAGGUGUUACAUCACGCUGACCCAAUCUCUUCAUCUCACUAUGAGUGGGGCUCCCGCUGGCCCGGCUGGUACUGGUAAGACUGAAACUACCAAAGACUUGGGGAGAGCCCUCGGCAUCAUGGUCUACGUCUUCAACUGCUCUGAGCAGAUGGAUUAUAAGUCCUGUGGGAAUAUCUAUAAAGGCCUCUCACAGACAGGGGCCUGGGGCUGCUUCGACGAGUUCAACAGGAUUUCCGUGGAAGUGCUGUCUGUGGUCGCUGUACAGGUGAAAAGUAUACAGGACGCCAUCAGGGACAAGAAAAAAAGAUUCAACUUCCUGGGAGAGGAAAUCAACUUAAUCCCAUCGGUCGGGAUCUUUAUUACUAUGAAUCCCGGAUACGCGGGACGGACGGAGCUGCCAGAAAAUCUUAAAGCUCUGUUUCGGCCCUGCGCCAUGGUGGUGCCGGACUUCGAGCUAAUUUGUGAGAUUAUGCUGGUCGCAGAGGGCUUCAUUGAGGCCAGGCUGUUGGCCAGGAAAUUCAUCACCCUCUACCAACUGUGCAAGGAACUCCUGUCCAAGCAGGAUCAUUAUGACUGGGGUCUGAGAGCGAUCAAAUCUGUCUUGGUGGUGGCCGGCUCCUUGAAAAGAGGAGACCCAGACCGCCCUGAGGAUCAGGUCCUGAUGAGGGCGCUGCGUGACUUCAACAUCCCGAAAAUUGUGACCGAUGACAUGCCAGUGUUUAUGGGCCUGAUUGGGGACCUCUUUCCUGCCUUGGAUGUGCCCAGAAAGAGAGACCUGGAGUUUGAGUCAUUUGUUAAACAGGCUGUGCUGGACCUUAAGCUGCAAGCAGAGGACAACUUUGUGCUGAAGGUGGUGCAAUUGGAAGAACUUCUGGCCGUCCGACAUUCAGUGUUCAUUGUGGGCAAUGCGGGCACUGGUAAAUCCCAGGUCCUGAAAUCUUUAAAUAAGACCUACCAGAUCAUGAAGAGGCGCCCUGUUUGGACCGACCUCAAUCCCAAAGCUGUCACCAACGAUGAGCUCUUUGGGAUCAUUAAUCCAUCAACAAGAGAAUGGAAGGAUGGUCUAUUUUCUUCAAUCAUGCGUGAACUGGCAAACAUUACACACGAUGGCCCCAAGUGGAUUGUUCUAGAUGGAGAUAUCGAUCCGAUGUGGAUUGAGUCCCUGAACACUGUUAUGGAUGAUAAUAAGGUACUGACACUGGCAAGUAAUGAGCGAAUCCCGCUGAAUCCAACCAUGAGGCUGGUGUUUGAAAUUAGCCACUUGCGCACUGCAACCCCAGCCACGGUCUCCAGAGCAGGGAUCUUGUACAUUAACCCUGCAGAUCUCGGCUGGAAUCCGCCGGUCACUAGUUGGAUUGACAAGCGGGAAAUCCAGUCUGAGAGAGCCAAUCUGACCAUUUUGUUUGACAAGUACUUGCCGCUGUGUCUGGACACGCUCAGAACCAGGUUUAAGAAGAUCAUCCCAGUCCCGGAGCAGAGCAUGGUGCAGAUGCUGUGUUACCUUCUUGAGUGUCUUCUGACCAAAGAGAACACCCCGCCCGACUGUCCCAAGGAGCUGUAUGAGCUGUACUUUGUCUUUGCCGCAGUCUGGGCCUUUGGUGGAGCCAUGUUUCAGGAUCAGCUUGUAGACUACCGAGUGGAGUUCAGUAAGUGGUGGGUGACUGAGUUCAAGACCAUCAAAUUCCCAUCCCAAGGCACCGUGUUCGACUACUACAUCGACCCAGAGAGCAAAAAGUUUGAGCCGUGGUCCAAGCUCAUUCCGAAAUUCGAGUUUGAUCCUGAAAUGCCUCUGCAGGCUUGUUUGGUGCACACCAAUGAAACCAUCCGCGUGCGUUACUUUAUGGAUAAACUACUGGAAAGGCGACGCCCAGUCAUGUUGGUUGGCAACGCAGGGACCGGGAAGUCUGUGCUGGUUGGAGACAAGCUGUCUUCCCUGGAUUCUGAUGAAUAUAUGAUAAAGAAUGUUCCGUUCAACUACUACACCACGUCGGCCAUGUUACAAGCUGUUCUGGAGAAGCCCCUGGAGAAGAAAUCGGGCAGGAAUUAUGGACCCCCAGGGACCAAAAAACUCAUUUACUUUAUUGAUGAUAUGAAUAUGCCGGAGGUGGAUACUUACGGCACCGUACAGCCCCACACACUCAUUCGCCAACACAUGGACUACGGCCACUGGUAUGACAGAGGCAAACUCUCCAUGAAAGAGAUCAUGAACGUGCAGUACGUCUCCUGUAUGAAUCCCACCGCCGGCAGUUUCACCAUAAACCCCCGGCUGCAGCGCCAUUUCUGCGUCUUUGCCCUCUCCUUCCCUGGCACAGACGCCUUAUCUACUAUAUACAACACCAUCCUGACCCAGCACCUGAAGAUGGGCAAUUUCUCUGGCCCCCUGCAGAAGUCAACCCAGCAGCUUAUCAACCUGGCAUUGUCCUUCCAUCAGAAAAUUACCUCCUCCUUCCUGCCGACUGCCAUCAAGUUCCACUAUAUCUUCAACCUGCGGGACCUGUCCAACAUAUUCCAGGGCAUCCUCUUCUCUACCCCCGAGUGCCUGAAAGUCCCGCAAGAUUUGGUCAAGUUGUAUCUCCAUGAAUCCAAUCGCGUCUACCGGGACAAGAUGCUGGAAGAAAAAGACUUUGAUACCUUUGAUAAAAUGCAAACAGAAAUGGUGAAGAAGUUCUACGAUGACAUGGAGGAGAUGUUAGAACAAACCAAGACAAUGAACAUGUACUGCCAUUUUGCCAGUGGGGUCGGGGAGCCCAAAUACAUGCCGGUCCAGUCUUGGGAGUCGCUAAAUAAAAUUCUGGUGGAGACUUUGGACAACUACAAUGAAGUCAAUGCUGUGAUGAGCCUGGUUCUUUUCGAGGACGCCAUGUGUCACAUUUGCCGAAUCAACCGAAUCCUGGAAUCUCCCCGGGGGAACGCUCUGCUGGUCGGAGUAGGGGGAAGCGGCAAGCAGAGUCUGACAAGACUAGCGGCCUUCAUAAGCUCCUUGGACGUGUUCCAGAUCACCCUACGGAAAGGUUAUGGCAUCCCGGAUCUCAAGGUGGACCUGGCAAACCAAUACAUAAAAGCCGGGGUGAAGAAUGUGGGAACGGUUUUCCUGAUGACGGAUGCCCAGGUGGCUGAUGAGAAGUUCCUUGUUCUAGUCAAUGAUUUGUUGGCUUCUGGCGAAAUCCCAGAUUUGUUUCCCGACGAUGAGGUGGAAAAUAUCAUCAGCAGCGUGAGAAAUGAGGUUAAGAGCCAAGGUCUAAUGGACACUAGGGAGAACUGCUGGAAGUUCUUUAUAGAUCGAGUGAGACGGCAGUUAAAGGUUGCUCUUUGCUUCUCACCAGUUGGGAACAAACUUCGGGUUCGAAGCAGAAAGUUCCCAGCUGUGGUCAAUUGUACAGCCAUAGACUGGUUCCACGAGUGGCCACAGGAAGCCUUGGAAUCCGUCAGUCUACGAUUCCUUCAGGAGACCGAGAACAUAGAGUCCUCCGUGAAACCGUCCAUAAGCAAGUUCAUGGCCUACGUCCACACGAGCGUCAAUGAGAUGUCCAAAAGCUACCUGAGCAACGAGCGGCGGUACAACUACACCACCCCUAAGUCAUUCCUGGAACAGAUCAAGCUGUACCAGAACCUGCUGGAUAAAAAAGGCAAAGAGCUGUCUGCUAAGAUGGAGCGCCUGGAGAACGGCUUGCAGAAGCUUAACAGCACCUCCGCUCAGGUGGAUGACCUGAAAGCCAAGCUGGCCGCCCAAGAGGUGGAACUCAAACAGAAGAAUGACGACGCUGAUAAACUCAUCCAAGUGGUGGGGGUGGAGACGGAGAAGGUGAGCAAGGAGAAGGCUAUAGCAGACGAGGAGGAGAAGAAGGUGGCGGUGAUUGCAGAGGAGGUGGGGAGGAAGCAGAAGGACUGUGAGGAAGAUCUGGCUAAGGCUGAACCAGCGUUGGCCGCUGCCCAGGAGGCUCUGAACACCCUUAAUAAGACUAACUUGACAGAGCUGAAGUCAUUUGGGGCCCCGCCCCUAGCUGUAACCAAUGUUACUGCAGCUGUGAUGGUCCUCACUGCCCCUGGAGGCAAGGUUCCCAAAGACAGGAGCUGGAAGGCUGCAAGGGUGGUCAUGGGCAAGGUGGACGGCUUCCUGGACUCUUUGAUCACCUUCAAGAAGGAGAGCAUCCACGAAAACUGCAUCAAAGCCAUUCAGCCCUACCUGCAGGACCCAGAGUUCAACCCAGAAUUCAUUGCCUCCAAAUCGUUGGCCGCCGCCGGCCUCUGCUCUUGGGUCAUCAACAUUGUGAAGUUCUUCGAAGUGUACUGCGAGGUGGAGCCCAAACGCCAGGCCCUGAACAAAGCCAACGCAGAGUUAGCGGCUGCCGAGGAAAAGCUGUCCAGCAUCAAGGCCAAAAUUGCCCACCUGAAUGAGAAUCUGGCCAAGCUGACGGCCAAGUUUGAGAAGGCAACAGCUGACAAAUUAAAGUGCCAGCAAGAAGCAGAAGCCACGGCCCUCACCAUCUCCCUUGCCAACCGCUUGGUCGGGGGGCUCGCCUCUGAAAAUGUAAGGUGGGCGGAAUCGGUGCGGAACUUCAAGCUGCAGGAGAGCACGUUAUGUGGAGACGUUCUGCUAAUCACGGCCUUCGUCUCCUACCUGGGCUACUUCACCAGAAAGUACAGGCAAGACCUCAUGGAUAGAAUGUGGAGGCCAUACCUUGGGGAGCUAAAGGUUCCCAUUCCAGUGACCCCAUCGUUGGACCCCUUGACAAUGUUGACUGAUGACGCCGACAUAGCAGCUUGGCAGAACGAAGGGCUCCCUGCUGACCGGAUGUCUACGGAGAAUGCCACAAUACUGACCAACUGCGAAAGAUGGCCGCUGAUGGUGGACCCCCAGUUGCAAGGAAUCAAGUGGAUUAAGAACAAAUAUGGAGAAGGCCUCCGAGUCAUCAGAAUUGGGCAGCGGGGAUACUUGGACACCCUGGAGAGGGCCUUGGCUGGCGGAGAGGUGGUCCUGAUUGAGAACAUUGAAGAGAGUUUGGAUCCUGUUCUUGGGCCGCUGCUUGGCAGAGAAACCAUCAAAAAAGGAAGGUACAUAAAGAUCGGUGACAAGGAGUGCGAAUACAGCCCCAACUUCCGCCUCAUUCUGCACACCAAGCUGGCCAAUCCCCACUACCAGCCGGAGAUGCAGGCCCAAUGCACCCUCAUCAACUUCACCGUCACCCGUUAUGGGCUGGAGGAUCAGUUACUGGCGGCUGUCGUCAGCAUGGAGCGGCCCGAUCUAGAGGAACUGAAGUCCAACCUGACCAAGCAACAGAAUGGGUUCAAGAUAACAUUAAAGACCCUAGAAGACAACCUGCUCUCGCGUCUCUCUUCGGCCUCGGGAAAUUUCCUAGGAGACACCGCCCUUGUGGAGAACCUGGAGAUCACUAAGAAGACGGCCGCUGAGAUUGAAGAGAAGGUCCAAGAAGCCAAAGUGACAGAAGCAAAAAUCAACGAGGCCAGAGAACAUUACCGCCCUGCCGCUGCCCGAGCCUCACUCCUCUAUUUUAUUAUGAACGACCUUAAUAAAAUCCACCCCAUGUACCAGUUCUCCCUGAAGGCGUUCAGUGUGGUGUUCCAGCAAGCGGUCCAGAAAGCUCCAACUGACGAGGUUCUGAAGCAGCGAGUGAACAAUCUGAUCGACAGCAUCACUUUCUCAGUGUUCCAGUACACCACCCGGGGUCUGUUUGAGUGCGACAAGUUAACCUACACCGCCCAGCUGGCUUUCCAGAUCCUCCUGAUGAACAAGGAGAUCAACUCAACGGAGUUAGACUUUCUCCUGCGCUACCCAGCCCAGCCCGGCCUUACAAGCCCAGUCGAUUUCCUUUCCAACCAGUCCUGGGGCGGAAUUAAGGCCUUGUCGACUAUGGAUGAGUUCCGGAACCUGGACCGCGACAUUGAAGGAUCUGCCAAACGUUGGAAGAAAUUUGUGGAGUCCGAGUGCCCGGAAAAGGAAAAGUUCCCCCAGGAAUGGAAGAACAAGAGCGCCCUGCAGAGGCUGUGCAUGAUGCGGGCAAUACGGCCCGACCGGAUGACUUACGCCGUCAGGGACUUUGUCGAAGAAAAACUGGGCAGUAAAUAUGUGGUUGGCCGAUCCCUGGAUUUUGCCACUUCGUACGAGGAGUCUGGGCCUGCUACCCCCAUGUUCUUCAUCUUAUCUCCUGGCGUGGACCCCCUGAAGGAUGUGGAGAAACAAGGCAGAAAACUCGGCUACACUUUCGACAAUUGCAAUUUUCACAACGUGUCGCUGGGACAAGGCCAGGAGAUUGUGGCGGAACAGGCCCUGGAUUUGGCAGCAAAGGAAGGCCAUUGGGUUAUUCUGCAGAACAUCCAUCUUGUUGCCAAAUGGCUCGGCACAUUGGAGAAGAGACUGGAACAACUCAGCGAGGGGAGUCACCAGAACUUCCGUGUGUUCAUCAGUGCUGAGCCGGCUGGCUCCCCUGAAGGACACAUCAUUCCUCAGGGCAUUUUGGAGAAUUCCAUUAAAAUAACCAACGAGCCUCCCACUGGUAUGCACGCCAACCUGCACAAGGCUUUGGAUAACUUUAAUCAGGACACGCUGGAGAUGUGCUCCAAAGACUCCGAGUUCAAAAGCAUCCUCUUCGCCCUUUGUUACUUCCACGCCGUUGUGGCCGAGAGGAGGAAAUUCGGCCCCCAGGGCUGGAACCGCUCGUAUCCUUUCAACACCGGGGACCUGACCAUAUCGGUCAACGUGCUGUUUAACUACCUGGAAGCCAACGCCAAGGUGCCGUUUGAUGAUCUGCGUUACCUGUUUGGGGAGAUUAUGUACGGGGGUCACAUCACCGACGACUGGGACCGGCGCCUCUGCAGGACCUACCUGGAGGAGUUUAUUAAGUCGGAGAUGUUGGAAGGGGCCCUGUAUUUGGCCCCCGGGUUCCCGAUUCCUCGUAACAUGGAUUAUAAUGGAUACCACCAGUAUAUAGAUGACACCCUCCCAGCAGAGUCCCCCUAUCUAUACGGCCUGCACCCCAACGCUGAGAUCGGCUUCCUGACUCAAACUUCGGAGAAGCUCUUCCGUACAGUGCUGGAAAUGCAGCCUCGAGACAGCAGCGCGGGGGAAGGGGGCGGAGUAACCCGGGAGGAGAAGGUCAAGUCAACGCUGGAUGAGAUCCUGGAGAAGCUUCCGGAUGAAUUCAACAUCCCAGAACUCAUGGCCAAGGUGGAGGAGAGGACCCCGUACAUCGUGGUGGCCUUCCAGGAGUGCGAGAGAAUGAACGCCCUAACCAGCGAGAUCAAACGCUCCCUCCGAGAGCUGGAUUUGGGCCUGAAGGGUGAACUGACAAUGACCAGUGACAUGGAGAAUCUGCAGAACGCCAUCUUUCUGGACCAGGUGCCAGAAUCAUGGACCAAGAGGGCCUAUCCAUCAAUGGCUGGGCUUGCAGGCUGGUUUGUGGACCUUCUUAGCCGUAUCAAAGAGCUGGAGACGUGGACUGGGGACUUUGCUUUGCCUUCUGCUGUCUGGUUAGCUGGGUUCUUCAACCCUCAGUCCUUCCUCACUGCCAUCAUGCAGUCAAUGGCCAGGAAGAACGAGUGGCCCCUCGACAAGAUGACUCUCCAGUGUGAUGUGACCAAGAAGAACAGAGAGGACUUCAGCAGCCCACCCCGUGAAGGGGCCUAUGUCCAUGGUUUGUUCAUGGAAGGUGCCCGCUGGGACACUCCGGCCGGGGUCAUCAUGGACAGCCGACUCAAGGACCUAACACCGGCCAUGCCAGUCAUCUUUAUAAAAGCCGUCCCGGUAGACAAACAGGAAACGCGCAACGUGUAUCCCUGCCCCGUCUAUAAAACCCGCCAGAGGGGCCCGACGUACGUGUGGACGUUCAACCUCAAGACAAAGGAGAACCCGUCCAAGUGGGUCCUGGCUGGAGUUGCCCUGCUGCUGCAAAUAUAAAAGCCCAAGACUGUUUCCCUGUUGGACUGCUGAGCGAUUGGGCAGGAACCUCCUUGUUUCUCGCCGUUACCGUUAAAUUAUUGUGCCAAAAGUUCUAAUAAAAUAUUUUAUUCUGGUUA